AUGGCGCGCGUGCGAGACCCCAACACUGUCUCCAACUACGAUCAAUGGCGUACCAGGCACACCACGGCCAACCUCCACGUCGAUUUCUCCGCUAAGCGUUUACGCGGGUCGGUCAUGCUCGAGCUUGAGUCGCAGACGGACAAGGCGAGCCAGGAAAUCAUCCUUGAUUCCAGCUAUGUCGACGUUUCAGCUAUCAAGCUCAACGCUGCGGCGUCUAAAUGGGAGGUCAAAGACCGAGCGGGCCCCAACGGCUCGCCCGUCCACGUUGCCGUGCCUGGCGGCGCCAACAAGGGCGAGGUCGUGAAGCUCGAGAUUGAGCUGUCAAGUACAGAGCAGUGCACCGCCCUGCAAUGGCUUACUCCAGCCCAAACGAGCAACAAGAAGGCGCCCUUUAUGUUUAGCCAGUGCCAGGCCAUUCAUGCGCGAUCCAUCUUUCCUUGCCAAGACACCCCAGAUAUCAAGAGUACCUACGACUUCACCAUCCGGAGCCCCCAGGUGGUCGUGGCUAGCGGCGUUCCGGUGCCCGGCGCUACGGAGGAUGCCGGUGAGGACAAGAUCUACAAAUUCCAGCAGAAGGUUCCCAUCCCGUCGUAUCUGUUUGCCGUGGCGUCCGGUGACAUUGCUAGCGCUCCCAUCGGACGCUGCUCCUCGGUGGCCACAGGCCCCAACGAGCUGAAGGCGUCACAGUGGGAGCUUCAGGAUGACAUGGACAAGUUCCUGGAUGCGGCUGAGAAGAUCGUUUUCCCUUACCAAUGGGGGGAGUACAACGUUCUCGUCUUGCCCCCUAGCUUCCCCUACGGAGGCAUGGAGAACCCCAUCUUCACGUUUGCUACGCCCACCAUUAUUAGCGGUGACCGGCAAAACAUUGAUGUUAUUGCUCAUGAGCUUGCCCACAGUUGGAGUGGCAAUCUGGUGACGAGCUGCAGCUGGGAGCACUUCUGGCUGAACGAGGGAUGGACUGUGUAUUUGGAGCGCCGCAUCCUUGCGUCCAUUCACAAGAACGAUGCUUACUUUGAUUUCUCUGCCAUCAUCGGCUGGAAACACCUCGAGGAAGCUAUCGAGGAAUUUGGUAAGGACCACGAGUACACCAAACUGUCCAUCAAGCAUGAUGGCAUCGAUCCGGAUGAUGCUUUUAGCACAGUGCCUUAUGAAAAAGGAUUCCACUUCAUCUGGUCCCUCGAUCGCCUCGUCGGCCGAGAGAACUUUGACAAGUUCAUCCCGUACUACUUUGGCAAGUGGCAGAACAAGUCUCUGGACUCGUUUGAGUUCAAAGACACCUUCCUCGAGUUCUUCAAUGCUGCUGAGUACACGGCGUUGAAGAGCCAAAUCGCCGAGAUCGACUGGGACGGCCGUUUUUUCAACACUGGGCUGCCACCAAAGCCCGAUUUCAACACGUCGCUUGUCGACGUCUGCUUCGAGCUUGCUAGCAAGUGGAAGAGCAAGGAGUACUCGCCUAGCGCAUCGGACACGGCAUCUUGGACGGGUAACCAAGUUCUUGUGUUUUUGAAUGCGGUGCAAGACUUCGAAGAGCCUCUCACGGUGGAGCAAGCACAAAACAUGGGCAGAGUCUAUGGGCUUGUCGACUCGAAGAAUGUCGAGCUCAAAGCUGCUUACUACCAGAUUGCGAUGCGAGCUAAGGACACCAGCGCCUACCCCGGUGUUGCCACGCUCCUCGGAAAUGUUGGCCGCAUGAAGUUUGUCCGCACACUGUUCCGGACCCUCAACAAGGUGGAUCGUGACCUUGCCGUCAAAACCUUCAAAGAGAACAAGAACUUCUAUCAUCCUAUCUGCCGCCAGCUAGUUGAGAAAGACCUAGGGCUGGGCGAUGGGAAGUAG